GGACCUUGAAUCUUUCUCUUUACCGUUGACUAACUUCCCGAAGGAAUACUUUGCUUUCUGAUUUCUGCCUUGCCAAGGACUUUCCACGGAAAUGACUUUGCUUUUACUUUGCUUCUGUUUCCACUUUCUUGAGGACCUUGAUGGAACGGCAAACAGUUCUAGUUUGUUGAUGCUUUUGACUUUCCUGCAUCAUUGCUUUAUUGCGCGUUUUACUUUGGUUUCCCUUCCGAUGAAGCUUCGAAUGCCUGCAUCUAGAUGGCAUUUCUGCGCUAGAACCAAUUUACGCCACUUCUCUUUCGCAAAAUGACUUGUCCGUCUGUGUGUCUCAUUCUAUAGUCUUCAUCAUUGAUCUUUCUAUCUGCACCUCUUUCAAAUAAUAUAUAUAUCUUUUGGAUCUCCCCCCUUUUUUUCUAGUUCU